CGACCACUGUGGACUCGGUAAAUGUCGAGAAGCAGUUAUUAGUGGGGCGAGCUGUGCAUCGCGGCAGUCGUCGGACGAGGAAUGCUGGCCGAAAUCGCCAGUUCUGGGUAGCCGUGUUGACAGGUGUUCCGAGAUGAUUGGGGGCCUGUUCAUUUAUAACCACAAGGGAGAGGUUCUCAUCUCCCGUGUCUACAGAGAUGACAUAGGGCGCAAUGCAGUGGAUGCGUUUCGGGUGAACGUGAUCCACGCACGCCAGCAGGUGCGCAGCCCAGUGACGAACAUAGCGCGCACCUCGUUCUUCCACAUGAAGCGGGCCAACAUCUGGCUGGCCGCGGUGACGCGGCAGAACGUCAAUGCGGCCAUGGUGUUUGAGUUCCUGCUCAAGAUGUGCGAGGUGAUGCAGUCGUACUUUGGCAAGAUCAGCGAGGAGAACGUCAAGAACAACUUUGUGCUCAUCUACGAGCUGCUGGACGAGCUGCUUGACUUUGGCUACCCCCAGAACACCGACACGGGCAUUCUCAAGACCUUCAUCACCCAGCAGGGGGUCAAGUCUCAGACCAAGGAGGAGCAGAGCCAGAUCACUUCACAGGUAACGGGCCAGAUCGGCUGGAGGCGCGAAGGCAUCAAGUAUCGCCGCAACGAGCUGUUUCUGGAUGUCCUGGAGUACGUAAACCUUCUUAUGUCUCCCCAAGGCCAGGUGCUGAGCGCACAUGUGGCCGGGAAGGUCGUAAUGAAGUCUUACCUCUCGGGCAUGCCCGAGUGCAAAUUCGGCAUCAACGACAAGAUCACCAUGGAGAGCAAGGGCAAGGUGUCCACUCUGGACGACCCCACACGCAGCACGGGGAAGACAUCCAUAGCGAUAGACGACUGCCAGUUCCACCAGUGUGUGAAACUGAGCAAAUUUGAAAGCGAACACAGCAUCAGCUUCAUUCCUCCGGACGGCGAGUUCGAACUCAUGAGGUACCGUAUCACCAAGGACAUCAGCUUCCCGUUCCGCAUUAUCCCGCUGGUGCGAGAGGUGGGCCGCACCAAGAUGGAGGUCAAGGUGGUGCUCAAGUCCAACUUCAAGCCAUCUCUCAUAGGGCAGAAGAUAGAGGUCCGGAUCCCGACACCCCUGAACACGAGUGGGGUGCAGCUGAUCUGCAUGAAGGGCAAGGCCAAGUACAAGGCCAGUGAGAAUGCCAUUGUGUGGAAGAUCAAGCGCAUGGCUGGCAUGAAGGAGACCCAACUGAGUGCAGAGAUCGAGCUACUGCAGACGGACGCCAAGAAAAAGUGGAACCGGCCACCAAUCUCCAUGAACUUUGAGGUUCCCUUUGCGCCGUCUGGGCUCAAGGUUCGCUACCUAAAGGUUUUUGAGUCGAAGCUGAACUACAGUGACCAUGACGUGAUCAAAUGGGUGCGCUACAUCGGGCGCAGUGGCCUGUACGAGACCCGCUGCUGAUGACUGGGUCG